ACUGUUGAUGCCACUUUUGUACUAAUAAUCAAUUACCCGUAUAAACCCGAGAUAAGCAGAGCCAAGGCAACAUAACAGGUUACGUGACCCCUGGAACGGGGUCAGAUUUAUUGUAGCAACGAAACAUAGCAACGCAGAGAGUCCAUGACGACGAUGGUCGCGAGAUCGUGGAUCAUGUGUUGGAAUGCGACAGUGUUUAAGAACUUCACACAGAUCAAAUAGUUUCGGAGCCGCAUUGAAAGCUCGCGCUGUCCUGAGCGAUAAACAUGGGAUGUGGGAGCUCCAAAAUCACGGUGGUCGAACCCGUAAAACCGAGAAGUCUGAACGGAGAUGAGGGAGGCUCUCGUGGUGACUCUGCCGUGUCCAAGAUGACCACAGACAGCGGGGUCAGUCUGGAUGCAGCGGAGCCUACAGUCCUGCCUGGAUCUGUACCUAGAAUGCUGCCACCUUUACAAGCCCAGAGCCCUGGACUGGCCCAGCAAAGUGAAGAGAGGCCAGAGUCCAGUGAGAUCCUGGAGCAACUGCUUGUUCAGGGAAUUAUUCCAGCUCAACCAAGACACGGAGGAAGUGGGGAAGCCUACAACAUCAUGAUGGAUGAUGCUGAGAAGCCAAAGAGAAGACCUCCUGCUCGGCUAGAAUCACUGAAAAUUCGCAAAGAACAAGAAGUCACCAGAAAAGAAGACAUUGAGAUGAAGAUGAGACAGGUGGAGGAGAGGAGAAAGGAGAAGGAGGAAGACCUGAAGCGCAGGUUGAGGAUUAAAUCAGCACGGCCAAGUGUCGCUGCCCCAGUGACCGCAGACGGGGAACUCGACCCCUUGGAACUGCUCCAUUCCGAACAGCUUCCUGUCCCAACCAGAACCAAACAGCUACAGUCAAUGGAGCCAGUCAAUGGAGACUCUGAGGACCAAAGACUUAAUGAUUCCCCAGAACUGGAAAAUGACUCCACCUUCCAACAGACUGAAGACCCAGAUGAGGGAUUUUAGACCUGCUGCUGCUGUGUGUGUGUUUCAGAAUGAAACUAAAUACAGAAGCAGCUUGAUCUAGCAAUAUUUCCUAACGUAUAUGCUUAGAGUUGCACAUGCACUUUACACAUUAUUCACUUUAUUAUAUGGUAUGGCUGAGAUCAAAUUCUGACUUUGGGUUUUAUAUUAUCAUGGAAAUAUGUGCCUAAAAAGUGUAAACAGUUUGUUGCAGUAAUUUUGUAGGUAGCAGUGCAAUAAUUGGAAGGGUUAACAAUUCAGCAUGAUAUAUAUAAUAUAU